AUGACAUCUCAACCUGACGACAUCAUCGCUUGGCUCGUCCCAACAACCCAUUACUCCUGGGCCGACAAAUCUACUCACAUGCCCGAAAACGCCUCUCGCAUCACCUCCACAACUUCAAACUCAUAUCUCUCAUCUCGCCUCUCCGGCCUCACAAGCCACAGCUCUGGGAGAGCCAUCCAACUUACCUUCUCACAACCGCCUAAGCGACCAGGCAGUUUUAUCCUCGGCACAGACUCGAGAACCUGCGACAUAAUCUUACCAAGCAUGGAGGGUAUAUCGAAACAUCACUGCGCAAUAAGCUUUGAUGCGCAAUCAAGACUCGUACUCAGCGACUUCUCAGAAAAAGGAACACAAGUAUGGUACGACUGGGAAAGCAAUGGCGACAGAACGGACUACUCGUGGAUCCUGAGCAGUGGGUGCUCUGGAGAGUUCCCCAGCAUGGUGCAGCGCACUAUUGUUGACAUCCAAGGAGUCCGAUUCCAAGUCGUCGUAAAUGAUCGUUCAGAGGACUGGAAUACUUUCAGAGAACAAGUCGACCAGUUUUGUGAGCAGCCUAGCUGGGAAGAUGCCACUUAUUGGGCUGAUUUCUCAUCGUUAUUGCCAUCAGAAAUGUCUCCAUUCCAGCACAUUUUUGUGAAAAACACAACAAGUGAAUCUGCGGAAGAGCUCUAUCUUUGGAACCUGGAACGACCGUGGGAACCUAUGGUAAAGGCAUCGGCAUAA